CGGAAAACUAACAAAUGAACAGCAAAGGAUGCAACUGUGCUUCUUUUAUAAUCAGCUACCAACGCGACGAUCUUCAGAAAAGUCAAAUAUGAUUACGAGUAGAUUUGGCACACACCAUCAAUGACUUAAAGAAAGCGAUUCAUUAUAAACCACGAGAUUUCACGAUUGAACCGAUUUAACAUUUGAGAAUGGCAACGACUCGCCUUAUCGCACCCUUACUCGUAAUAUUUGUCCUAUUAAAGGAAUCGGAUCAAGCAGUAACACACACAUCUCCGUACAAAUGCGAUCAUUACAGGCAGUCAUUCGAGACGAACCUAUGCUUCAGAGACGCUAUAGAACCACCGAUUCUCACGGAAAUUGUAGACAGUGUCUCGAAUUGCCAGACCAAAUGCACUCAGUUGGCAGACCGCUCCGUAGUAGGAAAGGUCGAUUACAAAUGCGAGGGGUUCCAAGUUAUUCCUCAGGAAAACGGGAAUGCCAUUUGCAGUCUCUACAGCUCAUCUACAUUGAACGUUAUUGACUUGUUUGCGAUGACCAAUACACCAGGAUGCAGAAUCUAUCAAAAGAUCGAAAGAACAUCACAAAAUGGUUGCGUUGCUAUCCAGUUCCCGUAUCAUUUCACAUGGAGUGGGACUGAAGUGUCUGGCUAUUCAACAAAGGAAGAGUGUAUCGAAGGAUGCCUCGCGGAUAGUUUGUGUGAAAGUGCAGAUUGGGACCACAACCUAGGGAAGUGUUAUUAUUUCGACCCCUCUAAGAAGAUCUACAUGCUUCCUACAACAAAUUAUAUAACCAAAUCUUGGAAGGUCUGCCCAGGUGAUUGUGAUUGCAUACCCGUUUACGACACGGCAACUGUCACCACGUUACUACGCUGGGAGUGCAAGAAUCCAAGAUAUACCUAUCCAUGAUGACCGACACAGUUCCAGAAUAUUUGCUGACGAUGUGCAGUAAUGUUGCCAGACGCUGGACGUUGUUAUUGACGUACUGUACUUUUCGACACUGUUUGUAAUUGUCAUUGUGAAACGUGUACACGUGUUUAAUUUGUUACUAACGUGAUAUAUCAAGUCUGAAAUAUAGGAUGGAGUAGUUCUGUAUACCUUGAGAUAACAAAAACAAAAUGUUUAUUGUGAGACUUAUAUUCACGGGAUUAAACGAGUCUCAACAAAUGAAGAAGAUGAUUGUUCAAGGAAUGUUAAUGAUGGAAUACAGCCGGUGACAGUGGAAAUAUAUGUUUAUUUACGCAUAUACCAAAUCAUAAUACCAGUGCCAUUUUAAGUGUUAACUACAUGUAUACGAGCAGAACGAUAUACGUAUGUAUAUAUAUAUAUUUGAAGACAAUGGACUGUAUGGGACCCAAAGGAAAUCGCCGGUUAAAACAAUAAAAAAAACACUUACU